AUGACAACCGCGGCACGAGCACGAGGCUUCGGAAACUUCAACAUGAACAACACACGAGACGACAACCCCGCCAAGGGUAUGGCGUCUUUCCGCCCGUCGACAAAGGGCAUUUGGGAGAAUGCCUACCAAGGGAGCAAGCGAGCAUCCGACAACACCCUGCCCACAGGGUCUGGUGCUCUCAUUCCCGAUUCGCAAGCCGACACCUCUGCGUGGACCACGACGCGGCCGUGGAACCCCGACUCCACGCAAACCAGAUCGACGUCAGGCAGCACGUCGCCCACCCGUACACGCGACAACCUCUUCUUCGAUAAUCCCAACGGAGCGUUCGGCCAAGCGCGUUUCGCAAAUGGACGACCCAAGUCGUUCCUCGAGGAGGAGAAGGAGAACUCGAGCUACGGUCCCAACUUUGGCGCCUACGAGGCGGAGCGCGGUUUCGCCAGGCACGAGAAGCGCGGCUCGCAGGAACGCACGUUCAUGACCAUGGGGGCCGUUGGCGCCCCGCCCUCCCGAGAUGGCAGCAUUCCUCCUUCGAGGCAUUCGGAGGAGUCUCACCACUCGCCUCCCGCAUUCCGAGACACAUUUGGCUAUCCCUCCGGACAUACGCCCAGCAACUCCAUUGCCUCUCAUGCCCAGCGUCCCUCCAUUCCUGGCCACUCCUCGUCCUUCCCUUCACAGAGCAACACAACAAACAACAACAAUAACAGCCGAAGUUACAUGACCAACGGCAGGAUGGAUGAAGCAGACUUGUCGAGCCAGUUCAGCAAAGGCCUCAGCCUCGAUGAUACCGCUGCGCUGUCGCAGGUCCUGUCCAACGGCGGCAACGGGCAGUCGUUCCAGCUCAACCCUGGAUCGCAGCCCUGGCUUGGUGGUUUCAGCCAGCAUGCCCCCGACGUGUACAGCGACUACAUGACGCAGUAUUUGGCCAGCAAGCGUCCGUCUGUCGACCGCUACUCCCCGGCUCCCGCCGCCUACCGUGUCGCCAACGUGCCCAAGUCGUACUCCCCGCAUCCCACCGACCCUUGGAGCCAGCGAGCGGCCCACCGGGAUCCGAGAAUGGUACCCGACUCGGAGAGGCGUACCCCCGCGCCCUACAUGCAACCCCAGGCUCAACCCUUCUUCCCUGGACCGUACUACACGGGCCAGUAUCCCGCACAGUUCCCACCGAAUCUGUACGACUUCGCUGCCCGGGCGCCCAUGAUUCCUGGCUAUGGUCUGCCCAUGGGCUACCCUUUAACGGGACACAUCCCCGUGCGGCCCGCCAAGGACCAAGACUCUGGCAAAGGCGUGCGCAGCGUGCUUUUGGAAGAAUUCAGGUCAAGUUCAAAGUCGAACAAGCGUUACGAUCUGAAGGACAUCUAUGGCCACGUUGUUGAGUUCAGUGGCGACCAACACGGCUCCAGGUUUAUUCAGCAGAAGCUCGAGACGGCCAACAGCGACGAGAAGGACCAGAUCUUCCGCGAGAUCGAGCCAAACGCCGUUCAGCUGAUGAAGGACGUGUUCGGCAACUACGUCAUCCAGAAAUUCUUUGAACACGGCAAUCAGGUUCAGAAGAAGGUGCUGGCUGCGCAGAUGAAAGGCAAGGUUGUGGAUCUGUCGAUGCAGAUGUACGCCUGUCGCGUAGUACAAAAGGCUCUUGAGCACGUGCUCGUCGAGCAGCAGGCGGAGCUGGUUGAUGAGCUCCAGCCUGACAUCGUCAAGGUUGUCAAGGACCAGAACGGUAACCACGUUGUCCAGAAGGUCAUCGAGCUGGUCCCCCGUCAGUAUAUCGACUUUGUCAUGGAUUCCUUCCGCGGCCAGGUCAGCCAGCUCGCUGCGCACACGUAUGGGUGCCGCGUCAUUCAGCGCAUGCUCGAGUACGGUACAGACCAAGACAAGGAGGUCAUUCUCACAGAGCUCCACAACUCGGCCCAGGUCCUGAUCACCGAUCAAUACGGCAACUAUGUCACCCAGCAUGUCAUUCAGCAUGGCAAGCCCGAAGACCGGGCCAAGAUGAUUCAUCUGGUCACGUCACAGCUGGUGACUCUGUCGAAGCACAAGUUUGCGUCCAACGUUGUUGAGAAGUGCAUCGAACAUGGCUCACCCGAGGAGCGCAAGUCGAUCCGCGAGCAGCUCACCACUAUGGGACCCGAUGGCACCAGCCCCCUCCAGCUGAUGAUGAAGGAUCAGUAUGGCAACUAUGUGAUCCAGAAGCUUCUCAACCAGCUUGAUGGUGGCGAUCGCGAAGCCUUCAUCGAGGAAAUGAAGCCCCAGUUCAUCGCCCUAAAGAAGACCAGCACUGGUCGCCAGAUCGCUGCGAUCGACCGCCUAAUCUUCGCCGCUUCUUCCCCCGCUCCUCCCCGUCCAGGCAGUAGCAAGGCGAUGUCUGGACAGAAUACACCUGCUCUGCAGGUUGAUUCAUCAGCCCCCACACCUGUUCUGACGAUGGAGCCCAACAGCCCUCAGAGCAGCAGCCCGCCCAGCACGAACGCGAGCGCCGUCGGCGAGACAGCCGAGGAGGACCGCAAGGCCCAGCUCCACCCAGGCGGUGCUAGCCUCCAGGUGCAGGUCGAGGAUGCCUAA